AUGCUCCCUCUCGUUCAUGUGGCGUUAGCUUUAGUGGUCGCUACGAGUGCAGCGGUCGUCAGAGAGUGCGUUGAACUGAAUGGAGCAUCAUACAGAGGAGUGAAGACCAGCUCCUCGGGAGAAACCUGCUUAAACUGGCUCAACAUAAGCAGCACGUACAACCUGACCAUCGACCUGGACAGCAGCUCUGGACAGUGGGAUCACAGCUACUGCCGUAACCCCGAUGCCUCCCCGAGGCCGUGGUGCUUUGUCUCCACUGAAGAUGGCAUUAAGAGACGAGACUGCAUAAUAGACAUGUGCCAAGAUCAGAGAUCUGAUGUAGGGGCUGAGGCUGAGGCCGUGUCCUCUGCUGAGGGUCAGACGGAGCCGCAGAGUGUCCAUCCGCCCAGAGAAACUGUCGCAGUGAAACCCGACCCAGGCAUCAGCCGGAGAGUCAGCCUCGGACCCAGCAGGAAAAAAGACCUGGGAGCACUGGGCUAUGCACUAGGAGCUCUUCUCAUGGCAGUCAUUGUGCUGUUGGGGGCAGGAAUAACUAUAGGAUACGUCUACAGGAGGGGUGUAAAGCUGAGGCUGCAGCAGGAGCAGAGAGCCUACGAGCAGGAAAUGCACAGAAUCAACCUCCCCCUAUCAGCUUUCACCAACCCGGCCUGCGACCUCAGUGACGAGCAGCCCGCGACCGCCAGCGUCCAGCAGGCAGGAGAGAAGGAGGAGAGAGGAGAGGAGGAGAGAGAGGAACCCACUGAACUACAGACGAACACAUUUGAGUCAGAUAAAGAGAACAGCAGCAUUCAGCUUCAGCAAACGGGCACGCGAGCCGACCAAUCAGAAGCGUACAGACAGCCUGGCUUCGUGACGCCAGCGGGAUCCGUACGUGUGCAAAUCAGCGAAAGCCAGCGUGCCGGUCUCAGCCAAUCAGCGCCUUCCACCCAACGCGACUUCGGCCAAUGGCGAGGCUCCACGACGGGGAAGAAACGAUGA